GCCCCGCGCCAUGGGGGCCUCGGACCCGGAAGUGGCGCCCUGGGCUCGCGGCGGUGCCGCGGGGAUGGCUGGAGCGGGAGCGGGAGCGGGAGCUCGCGGCGGCGCGGCGGCGGGGGUCGAGGCCCGGGCUCGCGAUCCGCCGCCCGCGCACCGCGCGCACCCGCGCCACCCUCGGCCUGCGGCGCAGCCCUCGGCCCGCAGGAUGGAUGGCGCGUCCGGAGGCCUGGGAUCCGGGGACAACGCCCCGACCACCGAGGCGCUUUUUGUGGCGCUGGGCGCGGGCGUGACGGCACUCAGUCACCCGCUGCUCUAUGUGAAGCUGCUCAUCCAGGUGGGGCAUGAGCCGAUGCCCCCCACUAUUGGGACCAACGUGCUGGGAAGGAAGGUCCUCUAUCUGCCGAGCUUCUUUACCUACGCCAAGUACAUCGUGCAGGUGGACGGGAAGAUAGGACUGUUCCGCGGCCUGAGCCCCCGGCUGAUGUCCAACGCCCUCUCCACUGUGACCCGGGGCAGCAUGAAGAAGGUUUUCCCUCCCGAUGAGAUUGAGCAAGUGUCCAACAAAGAUGACAUGAAGACUUCUCUGAAGAAAGUAGUGAAGGAGAGCUUGCAGCAUCCCCUAAGUGCUGGUCCUGAGACUGGGUCCACACCCUCUGCUGUCUUCCAGACCUCCUACGAGAUGAUGAUGCAGUGCGUGUCCCGCAUGCUGGCCCACCCCCUGCAUGUGAUCUCAAUGCGCUGCAUGGUCCAGUUUGUGGGACGGGAGGCCAAGUACAGCGGCGUGCUGAGCUCCAUCGGGAAGAUUUUCAAAGAGGAGGGGCUGCUGGGAUUCUUUGUUGGCUUAAUCCCUCACCUCCUGGGAGAUGUGGUUUUCUUGUGGGGCUGUAACCUGCUGGCCCACUUCAUCAAUGCCUACCUGGUGGAUGACAGCGUGAGUGACACCCCAGGGGGGCUGGGAAACGACCAGAAUCCAGGUUCCCAGUUCAGCCAGGCCCUGGCCAUCCGGAGCUACACCAAGUUUGUGAUGGGGAUUGCAGUGAGCAUGCUCACCUACCCCUUUCUGCUGGUUGGUGAUCUCAUGGCCGUGAACAACUGUGGGCUGCAGGCCGGGCUUCCCCCAUACUCCCCAGUGUUCAAGUCCUGGAUCCACUGUUGGAAGUACCUGAGCGUGCAGGGCCAGCUCUUCCGUGGCUCCAGCCUGCUUUUCCGCCGUGUGUCGUCAGGAUCAUGCUUUGCCCUUGAGUAACCUGAAUCACAAAACACGCUGUCUCAGCCUGGCCACGUGGGUGAGACCUGAUCACCUUGGGAGACCUGCAAGACAAGAUGACUCUAACCCAGCAACACCUAGACGUGCCCCAGCCCAGCCGGGCUUCAGUUUCCAUAUUUGCCGUGUG